AUGGCUUCAACUAGAGAACUCGCAGACACUCUACCAUUCAACUCUCCGGAUGACGGCACCACUACAGUUGAUUCCCAGCAUAGCGAGUUUGCAGCAUACUCUCUGAUCUCCCUUGAUCAGGAUGGCCAACAACGCUUUGUCAAUGACUUGAACACUGGCGAUAUGACAACAAAUCGAUGCAUUCUCGCGACCCAGCCAGACUUUUCUGGCCGUACGCUCCGAGACAUCUACGACUACCACAUCGACGCCAGCAAAGAGGACAACAAAAUGCACCCGCAAUUCUUCAUCGUAGCCGACCAAGCCGAUUGGCACACCAAGGGAGUCCUUGUUGUCUGUCUCUUCGUCGAGAGAGAUCUCAACCGUUAUGAGGAUCCUGAUCACGAUUACGAAUUCACGGUCGGAGUUCUACGUUGCGGUAUCGACAUGGCGGAUUGUAUCUGUUGCAAUCUCGACAUUGCAAAUGUGAGCUUCGCUGAAUACAAGGAGGAAGAAGAGCAAGACUGGGAUGGCGAAGAUGUCUACACGAACAAGCGUUACUUCAAGUACCAUUACAAGACGGGCGAGUUGAACUAG